GCCUGAAUACGGGUGGGAAGUGAAGGCCGUCUGCGCUCAGGCGGUGAGAUGGCGGCGCCCUUUAGGAGCGUGUUCAUGACUUUGAGUCCCGGCGGUUUGAUCAGGAGCGGAAUCGCCGCUCCGGCUGGAUCUGUGGCGAAUGCUCGAGCUUGUUUGCGUUCGGAACACAGCAGCACUGGGGGGCGAGGAGUGGACGAGUCUGUGGACGAGUAUAAAUAUGUAGAGAGACUCGUUCCUCCAUCACGGAUCCCAUCACCCCCAAAGCAUGAGGGUUCCGCGCCAUCAGGAUGGACCCCACCACCAGAGACGCCACCUUCCCUGCCGUACAUGAUCCGACGCUCCAGAAUGCACAACGUUCCCGUCUACUCCGAUAUCAAACACGGGAACCAGAAGAGCACAUUAGUACGCAAAGUGGAGGGAGAUGUUUGGGCUCUGAAUAAGGAUGUGAAGGAGUUCCUGCAGCAGCUCACAGGCAGAGAGACGGCGACACAGGUGAACGAGGUGACCGGCACUGUCCGGAUUAAAGGGCACUUUGAGAAGGAGCUGAAGGCCUGGCUGAUCCAGAGAGGGUUCUGACUGACGGAGCGAGUUCUGACUGACGGAGCGGGUUUGGUCUAACGGAGCGGGUUCUGACUGACAGAGCAGGUUUGGUCUAACGGUGCGGGUUCUGACUGACGGAGCGGGUUCUGGCUGACUGAGCGGGUUCUGACUGACAGAGCUGGUUUGUUCUGACGGAGUGGUUUCUUACUGAUGGAACGUUUAGACCGCCAGAGCCGCCGGAGGAUCAGCGCUCUGAGCGUCUUCCACUUGUUGGUGUGUUUCAGUGUAAAAUGUGUAAAUAAACCUGUUUAUCUGAAAAACUGAAAUAAA